AUGAUCGUUUGGUUUCUUUUAAUAUCAAUAUGUAUAUUCAUCAGUGAUGGUGGGCAUUUCAACGGUGGUUCAAUCAGAUGGGAGCCAGUAAAUCCGUUUGACAAUUCAAGCACAGUUCAAAUCAGUAUUAUUCAAUCUUAUUCAUGGAGUUACCCUACUAUCACUUGUGCAAACAGUGUACCGAUAUCAACUAGUGGCCGAAGUAAUACAAAUGCUAAUUUAACAUGCAUUGCCGAUUGUGCAACUGAUGGCAAUUACUCCACUGCACCAAUCAGUAUUUUAACUGAUUGUACUUCAACUAGCUUGACGAUGAGUAUGAUGGCAAGUCAACGAGCAGUCAAUGUUACCCUUGCAGCAGAUGCUCACUUUUACCUAGCAUACCAAGGAAGUGCGUGGCUAGGAAUGAACAGUCCGCGGAUUACUGGUCUUUACUGGUCCAUAGUAAGUUUUAUUGAUCUUCGAAUGCGACCUGAUGGCUUCAUCAAUACGCCACCUGAAGCGCAGGUUAUCUCUCCGCAGUACGUGAUUGUGAACCAAACAACUGAAAUUUACAUACCUGUAUCGGACGUAAACUCAGGCGAUAGUGUACGUUGCCGAUGGUCCAUGGAUACACCAGGAGUACGUAGACGACGACAAUCAGAUGACAACUUAUACGAUAGAUCAGUAUUUCCUGUACAUAAAUCAGUAAUUGCGAAGGAAAAAGUUGUUUACCAUAGAGUGAAACGAUCACACUGUACUAGUUCAUGCAAUGCAAGUAGUUCAUGUCAGUACUUUUGCAGCUGCGCUUGUCCGUCUUGUGCAGGAACUACAUGUAGUGGCAUUCGAUGCAAAACAAGUCCUUUCUGUCCAUUGGCAACGACCACACUUGAAACGCCAGGAACAGCGAUUAUUUACAUACAACGUCAUCUUCUGUACUUCUCUUGUUCAACUUUUAUGUUUUAA